CUUCAUGACUGGUGUCUCAAAGAAUGAGGAAAUGAAAACUUAUUCCUUCUUGUGACCUAAUAAUGGAGAAAGAAGAUGAGAAUGGGGAGAAGGCUAUACAAGGCCGACCAAUGAUAGACACAGAUGGCAGAUGUGGCAAGGUUGACCUUGUCUACUUUGUAGCAGAGGUAGAGAGGUUCAAUCGCCUUAUUGAACCUCUUGCUGUUAUACUGUAUACAAUUGAAGAUGUCCGAAGAUGGCGAUAUCCCAACUGGACAUUAGGAGCUUGGAUCAUCUGUAAUAUCAUGUGUAUAUUUCUCUCUAAAGGUGCUGUUUUUGUAUUGGUGUCUCUACUGGUUGUGGGCAUUGCUACAUUGUGUCUGGUUCAAGUCCACACACGCCUUCUGGACAAGUUCUUCCCAUAUACUGGUCGUGAUGAUGACAGGACAGACGAUGAUGACGAGGUAGAAGAGGCUGUGACAAUGAAGACAGUGCAGGUCUUUCGCUUUAGUGUGGUCCAGAUGUAUGAUUUCAUCGUCAAGUGUAAUGAGUACAUAGCCCAUCUGUAUGGAAUCCUUCGAUGGGAUAACACACUGUCAUCACUCAAAUUCUACAUAGAGCUUUGUGUAUUCUUAUUGAGCUUAGUGGUCCUCCCCAAUAGAGGGGUCUGGUUCCUGAUAGUUAACUGGGUGUUCUUAGCUACUGAAGACAUCAUGAAAG